UUAAAGUUGAUAGUUCUGGCAACACCAAAUUUUAGCAAUUCGAUGCUAACAACAGAAAAUUAAAAUAAUUCUUUAAAUAUUAUGAAAAUAAAAGUAAUUAUAAGCCAAUUAGUCUUCGUCUAUAGUGUAAAUAAGUAGCAUGUAACUGUUAUAGUGGUCUGAGCCGUCAUAUUCUAACAACAUGACUGAAAACAUAGAUUCGGAGGCAAACAACCUCUGUAUUCCCGAGGAUGCAUUUGAACAAUUCCAAGCAGUUUCGAUGUAUCAAGAAGAGGAAUGUAUAGUUCUUCAGAAAGUAGCAACCACGGAGCCUAAAGAACCAGAUCGCGGUGAGUUAAGUCACAUUUCAUAUGAUAAUGAGGUAGUUGUGACUACUGAAAACGAAAUAAACAGCACAGUCAAUGACAACACAGACGAUAUGGAUACCAGUAUUGAGCAGAAAACAGUAGCCCAUUCGAACACAAAUACGACUGUAAAGGUAGAUGACCAAGCAAACAAUUUUGACCAGGAUAGUGGAUCAAAGAAAGUUAGCAGAAGAGGCAGAAAAAGUAAACGUGUGACAGGAACCGAUUACGACGGUCCCGCUAAUAACUGUAUCUUACUAGGUUCAUUAGAAAACCAUAGUGACAUCUCAGUAAAUUCUGAACAAGAAUCCCCUGUUAUUAGCAGCACCCUUCCCCGUAAAAGAGGUAGAAAACCUAAAGUGAAAUCUGAUCUUCCGGAAUCAGGAAUAGAUAAGCUACAUUCUAAUAUCUCUAAUACUCCAUUUAGUUCAGACCCAGAGAAUUCUGACAUAGUAUCCAGUAAUGGCAAGAGAGCGAGGGGCCGUCCACGAAAAGUUUCACUGCCUACUGACAGGGACUUCUCAAGUGAGCUGAGUGGUUCUGAUAAUAACAGAUUAGUUGAUCCAUCAUUGCCUCGAAAGAGGGGUAGACCUAGGAGACCAAGAUCAGAUGUAAAUAUUGACAACCAGAUAAAUGUUGAAACAGAUAUCCCGUCAAAUGAUCUAAUCAGUUCCGAGGAUUUGAAUGGGACAACCCCCAUUAUAAGCGACAGCAAGGAUAAUGAGUUAUCAUGCUUAGAGAAAGGGAAACAAAACAUAGAGUCGGAGAGUAAAAUUUUCAGUGAUGGUGGAUCUUCUGGAAAUGAUGAUAUCUCAUUAAGUAAUUUCAAAAGCCAUAACAACUUGGAUGAAAACAAUGAGGAUCCCAAUUCUACAAAUACAAGUAUAGAUAAUUUACCUGUUAAUGAUGGUAGGUCUAAUAAAAAAACAAAAUCCACAAAAAAAGGAAAGGGUAAGUCUAGAAAAGUACACACCAAAACAAAUGAAAGUGUCUCUGAUUUUGGAAGCAUUAAGUCAGAUGAUGAUGUGACAGAUGAAUUAAGUCUCAGUACAUUAAAAAGUAUACAAACUCAGAGCAAUAGUUCUGAAAAUAAUAAUACUACAGAAGUUUCAACCACUGAGGAUAAAGUUAUUAUUGAACUUACUCUAGAAAGCAGUGGAGAGGUCAAUACUCCAACUAAACGCAGUAGCAAGAUGCCAGUAAUGUCAGACUUUGAGUAUAAUGUAGACAGUGUUAUAGAUAAAGAAUGUGAAGAAAAUGCUAACAACGAUUUACUUGUGGAGGAUACCUCAAAACGACCUGUUCGUAGAAAAGUCCCUAAAUUACGGUAUGAUGAAGGUUCUGAUGAAGAUCCUUUUGCUAAUGUAGAGUUGUCUGAUGAUGAUGAACCAAGAAGAAGAAAAGGUAACAGAUACUAUUCAGAUGAUGAAUAUGUACCAGGCCGAAGAGGAAAUAAAGACAUAGAGUCAACUGACACGGAAGCAGAGAACGAGCUUAUUGAUGAACCAUUUAGUAAACAAAAGAGGAAAAAGUUACGCAAGAAAUCUGACAGUCAGUCUCCACGUAAAAAGGCUACUGGAAGUCAGCCACCUAAGGAUGUAGAAAGUGAUGAUGUAGAGAUUUGCUUAAAACCUGCUGUUAUAGCUGCAAAUGACGAUUCCGAAUCACACCCCUCCAAACUGUGGGGUACUAGUAAUGAGUUUGAAAACUUCCUUGCUAAGAAAAUUCAAGGUACAAAUUUACAAAUAAAAAAAGUAUCUGCAAAAGAACCCACUGAGAAUAAAACUCUGGAAAUUCCUGUAAUAGACCCUGUGGCUAAGAAAAGCAUUGAAAUAUCUUGCCAAACAAAAUUAAUUAAAACCACGUCUACUGGUGUACAAACCAGUCCACCCUAUGAUAUACCCAUGAAGGACAACAUCACUUUGACCCCCCAACAAUCAGAAAAAGCAUGUUUUUUCCUGAACAGUAUUGUAAAAACUACUUCAGAGUUAGGUACAUUGAUGACUGAAAAAUCUGAAGACUUUAUUAAAAAGAAAAUAAAUACAACCCAUGUUACUGACACGAUGAAGAUGGAUUACUGUGUAAGAAAGUCCUUUUUGUUAUUUAAACUUGCUAAGCAUAAUCUUAUACAAAUGGAAGAAGAUCUUGCAAAACAGUAUGAAGCAUUUCUAGAAAGUAAUAAUUUGUCAUCAUGUAGACAAGUACCAAAUGUUGUAGUGCCAGCCAAGCCUGCAAGUAGUGAUAGUGAUUGUGAAAUAGUGGAGGAACCAAUUAAGUCGUCUCCUGCUCCUAAAUCUAAAGAAAAACCUAAAUUUAACCCUAAAACUGUAUUUCUUAACAAAGAACUUUCUAUAAAAAUAGCUAAAAAGCAACCAGAAAAUAAAAAAAUCGAAAUUAAGGGGCGGCAUACUGUAUGGAUAAAUGAUACAGUAAUGGUAAAGAAAGUCAAGCCUACCCAGUCUUUUUUAGCCCAGGACAGCCGAAAUAAAAAACCUCCAGAUAAUAAGAUCAACAAAAUGGUAAGUGAUUUUUUUGAGAAUUAUUACCGCCAGAAAGCCAUAUCCAUUUGUGCCCCCUACAUAACCACGGAUUGGCUACAUGUGGGCACAGAGUGUGUGUGCAAUUAUUUUGUUGUUAAGCCAGUUGAAUUUGAUAACAAUGUCACUUAUUCUGAAAGUGGUGGUGUUAGCGCUGCACGCAAUACCAGUACCUCAGAGAUAAAUCAUGCUUCGAAGCAAAUAUCUAACCAAACUUUAAAGUGCCCAGAAACUCUACUCAAACUUUGUUUUCGGAUUGUCAAAAAUCGUAUGCUUGAUAAAAGACAUGUGAAGAAUGUUUAUCAACAAGUGCAAAAUGAAAUUACAGAUGACAGACACCAGCCAGUGACAUUAUUUCGUCUGUGCCUGAGAGUCAUUACUGGUAGAGCUGCUAACACCACGGAGCUGAGCCCAACACCCUUAAAGAUGACAACACCUAAUGUUAUGUUGACUGUACUGCCGCUUACAACACUCUGCCUUCAAAGAAUAGUGGCGCUUAUAUCGAAAUCAGACGAGGAGGAGUCCAAACAAGAACAUAUAAACUUUGAAGUCACAAGGUGUAGUACAGAAGAAAGUAAUUAUUUUAUUCCCACGAGUUCUUCGAAAAAUUUAGUUACACAACCUACUGAAAUAAGAAAACAAAUUAAGUCAUUAUUCUCCUUAUGUGUUGAAUUAAUACAACAGAAACAACAUGAAAUGUAUCAAGUCAAAAUUUCAACACCAAAGUCAUUAAAAUCAUAUGCUUUUGAGCAAGUAAAACAUUUGGUGCAAAGAGAUUUAAUGGUUCCCUAUCUGACACGAAUCAAUAAUUUAGAUAAACAUAUUGACGGAAUUAUGAUCGAGGGCUUAACAAUAAAUAGUGUGAAUACAUUGUCAGAAGAAGCUUUCUUAAAUCUUGAACAAUCUCAUAUGGAAAACCAAAAUAGUCCGGAUUAUUUGGACGAAUUUGAUAAUGAAGACAAUUAUGAGCCAGAUUUCAAUGAACCUGAUGAACAUGAUGAAGUUGAAAAUGAGACCAAUUGGGUAUCUCAAUUACAAAUGCAAGAGCUUAGGUCAUGUGUUAUUAAUAGCAAUUCUGACGCUGUUGAAGAGGAUCCUAUAUCAGGUGUUGCCCAUAUUAAAAUUGAACCACUGGAUGAAUUGCCUGAAAAUGCAGAGGUGCAUGUGAAACUUGAACCAUGCCCUGCACCUGAUGAAAUGACAAUUAUACCUAAUGUAAAACCCGAAGGUGUAGAACAUAUUGAUGCUGAACCAAUACUGAGAAGGAGUAACAGUAACAGUUACGAUGUCGAUGCUUUUGAAUCCUUUGUUAACACUAACAAGCUAAUGUAUGGAUUACAUGAGGGAGACAUAUUCACCCAAAGCGGACAGAGAGUACGCAGACAACAUGAGCCCGAUUACGAAGAGGAUGACAUGAGUAUGAGUCUACUAGUACCGCAGACAUACGAACCCUUGUCUAUAGAAACGGCUAAAGGGAGUUUAAUGGAAAGUAGUUCAGAUGAAGAUAGUUCUAGAAACAAAAAGGCUGCUGGGAAAAAGAAACCUGAUAAACGUAGUAAAGGCAAGCAGAACAAAGUUGAUCCCAAGACUAUUAACAAAGAAACGACGAAGGAAAAGCCGAAUAAUGAAGUUGCAAACUUAACAAGAAGAAUGAAAGAUAGAAUAAGACAAGAAGAGAAAAAAGAUGAUUCUACAGAUUCAGAAACUGAAAACUUGCCUCUGCGAUUAAGAAGAAAAAAGGAACAAGAGAAAUCAAAAUCAGAAAAGACUAGUAGUAAAGCUACAGAAAGUGAAAUACAGUGCAAUAAUGUUGAUUCGACAGAUCAAGUGGGGGAUGACGUAGGAACGUUCACUGGUUUUACAGCUAUAGAUCAAAACGAGAUGUCUACUUAUCAGAAAUACAUGAAAUAUGUUUAUGAUAAGAUUAUUCCAGAAAACGAAAAUGAAAUAAGGAAGGCAGAUAAAGAAAAAAACAUUCCAGAAGGACCCUCAUUUCUGAUGAGCCUGUGGAGUUACUGGAAUGUGAACCUACUAUGCCUAUAUUUGAUAAUAUUGAAAACGAAGACCAACCAAUGUCAAAAAGAAUCAAAGGUCACAUCGAAAAAAGAUGUAAUUUCGAAAAAAGACGAAACUGCGACUAAAGAAGAAAUAGUUUUAAAACCUACAUUUAUAGACCGCCACGGUUGGCACUGCUAUCCUCUUAACACAGAAGAUUUAAAACUGUAUCAAAACUCGUGCGUGGCUUUGGAAAAGCUGCCUGAAUCAUUUGUCCAGACUUACUUCGAAUACCAAGGCAUUACUACCAAAAAUCACCGAGACCAGGAGAUUGACAGGUUGACAAACUUGAGCUCUCUGAACAGAUCAGUUAAUUUAGGUAAAUGUAAAGCGAAGUCCAAGCGGGAUGGUCUAGGCGAGCGCUCCUCGGAAGUCGGCAGCCGUUCCAACAGCCCCGCGCACUCCGACCGUUGCAACGAGCUGGAGGCUUCGGAAGAUGAAGGAGCGAACAUCGAUGAUGAGGUCGCUCCACCUAUUGCCCCGAGGAAUUCCGAAAAUACUUUAGCCAAAAAUCUGCUAAUGGACGACAAUGACAGCGAUUCCGAUGCUCCUAUCAAAGUGAAACAGGAGGUUUCCGACGAGGCUCAAGGACCCAAGUCUAAGAGUGGCAGGUCUAAGAAGAAGGAAGCUGCCGCUGUACCGGAUAGUGGAGACUUGAUGCUUACUGCCGAUAAGAUGAUGAAUAAGGAGCUAUCGUUGUUGCAUGCUCCGGUAGUGGUGGACGAUGUUAACGAAACUCCUUCUAAAGGACCCGUGACGAGGAAUAAACAGAAAAGUGCGUCAAAAAAUCCACCAUCGACAAGCAAAAUUAAGAAUGAAGAAGAUUCAUCUUCUGAAGAAGAGAAGCAAUGGGUUAGCACUAAAGAGAAGCUUCUUAAAAGGAUGGGCAAGAAGGACCAAUCUAGUUUGGACGACGCCAAACGCGCGAAGCUAGUGAGCGAGUUCAUAGAGAGACGCGGCGGACUCCCAGACUCGCACAUACGCAGUCGCAGCACCCGCCCUCGAAGAUCUGCCAAGAAGUUUCUGGAGAGGCAGAAACAACUUGGAAUAUUAUCAAGGGAACUCUUUGGUGAAUCGUCAGACUCGAUGUAUAUGUUAAAAAGGUCUCAAGCGCAAGGAAGUUUAUAUAAAGGACGGCGUAAUAUUAGGAAGGUUAUCGAUAAAAAGUCUCUAGCGCGCAGUACUGUUGUAGCGAAUAUGGAAGAAUUUGAGAGAAAAAGAAGACUGAAUGCUAAGCAAACCAGGCUGAGGGAGCUACUGGGCUGCGAGGAAGGCGUGAACGUUCUAGUCAUUAACGACGAAGUGUGCCUCGAGUAUGACUUCGAGGAAAACCGGCCCGUCGUCACCGUUCACCCCUUCUUUACCAAGGUCAUGAAGGCCCAUCAGUACGAAGGUGUAAAGUUCAUGUGGGACGCUUGCUUCGAGAGCCUGGCGGAGAUCGAGGCGGGGCGGCCCGGCGGGGGCUGUAUACUCGCGCACUGCAUGGGACUCGGCAAAACUCUGCAAGUAUUAGCGCUGCUGCAUACGGUACUGACACACCCUGGCGUGAACAUGCAACGGGUCCUCGUAUGCUGUCCCUUGUCGACGGUACUCAACUGGGUCGACGAAAUCCAUAAGUGGAUCGGACCUGUCACCAAUGAAAUCAAGGUAUUCGAACUAUCGAAACUAAAGAAAACAUACGAGCGUGCUUACCAACUCGAAGACUGGUACAACGGCGGUGGCAUAUUCAUCAUAGGAUACGAACUCUUCAGAAGUCUAACCACCUUAGACCCGUACCUCGAUGACGUUCGCCCGACCAUCGUCAACAAAAUACGAACAGCUUUGUUAGACCCCGGUCCGGAUAUAGUGGUCUGUGAUGAAGGACAUUUACUCAAAAAUGAUUGUUCGGUACUCGCGGUAGCUAUGAGCAGGGUGGUCACGAAACGAAGGAUUAUUCUAACAGGAACACCGAUGCAGAACAAUUUGAGAGAGUAUUAUUGCAUGGUUAACUUUGUCAAGCCGAAUUUGUUGGGGACUUACUCGGAGUAUUCUAAUCGGUUCGAAAAUCCAAUAAUGAACGGUCAGCACAGAGACUCGCGAGAAGAAGACAUAAAGCUAAUGAAAGCUCGUACACAUAUCCUGCACAAAGUAUUAGAAGGCUGUCUUCAAAGGCAGGAGGCUUCAGUAUUAUAUCCUUACUUGCAAAAACACGAGUACACAGUAUUCAUAAGUUUAACACCAUGCCAGUGGGACUUGUACAAACAUUACUUGCGCACCUACGGCAAGCAGUCUAAACAGAGCAUAUUGAAGGACUUCCAUAUUCUGCAGAAGAUAUGGUCGCACCCUCAAGUGCUGCAUAACUUUCAUACGAAGACGAGAGAUCGCGAUGAAAAGGCCAAAUUGAAAGCGGAGAAGAUAGAAGACGACCUUGCAAAUGAAGACCUGGAGGAGAUAAAGCCGAAUGUUGCCGAAGACCUGUGGUGGCUGGAGUACAUGGACGGCGGCAAGAUGCUGGAGACGCUCGACAGCUCCAACAAGUUCGUCGUCGUCUUCCGGAUAUUAGACGAGUGCAUCGCUCUGGGGGAUAAAGUGCUAAUAUUCUCCACAUCACUGUUCUGUCUGGACGCUCUAGAGUACUUUCUGAAGAAAAUAAAGAAUUGGUCGCUAGGCAACGAGUACUUCAGACUGGACGGGUCAGUGCCCGCUGAAGUGCGACAGAAGUGGUGCCGCGAGUUCAAUGCCGACAACAACUAUAAGACCAAAUUAUUCCUAGUAUCAACCCGCGCUGGCUGCCUAGGCUUGAACAUGACGGCGUCCAACCGUGUCAUCAUAAUGGACACGUCUUGGAACCCCGCGCACGACAUACAGAGCAUCUUCCGAGUCUACCGCUUUGGACAGAAGAAGGACUGCUAUAUAUACCGACUUGUUGCUAUGGGUACAAUGGAGCAGAAGAUCUACGAGCGUUCCGUGACGAAGCAGGCAGUCGCGUGCCGAGUCGUGGACGAACAGCAAAUAGAUCGACACUACAAUAUGGCUGAGCUCACCGAGCUGUACAAAUUCGACGAGGGCGGGUCUACGGUGGCGGGCGGCGUGGCGGCGGGCGUGCGCGACGUGGCGCUGCUGCGCGUGGCGCGGCACGCGGCGCUGCACGCCGUGCACGAGCACGACUCGCUGCUGCGCGGCUCGGCCGAGCAGGGCCUGCCCGAGCACGAGCGCAACGCCGCCUGGAUGCAGUUCCAGCAGGAGCAUGCCACCAAGCAAUACGAAAACAAACUCAUUACGGACAUCCCGAGCGUUGCAGUCAAGCGAGGGAGUGGGGACUUGCAACAAACACCUCCCGGCGUUGAAGUCAAAACAGAAGACACCAGCCCCGACUACAACCCUAACGAGCCCAAACCUAAGAAGGGGAAGAAGACCACCAUCGUCAAAUGCCACAUACCGAAAAGACGUCAAAAAGGAAACGCGAGGAAGACCGAAAAGAGCGCAGACCCUGCUACACCCAGCACCAGUACACAAGACACUGAGAAAUCGAACUUAGAUGAGCAGCAAGAAGAAGUAUUGGUGGAAAAAAUAACAGAUAUACUUCUCAAAUAUAACUUCCAGGGUAAAAGAACAAAGACUGAUAUAUCAACACUAGUCGCGAAAGUGAGUGGUAUUGUGCAGCGCGGAUAUGUGGACGAAGCGGACAUGAGUGACGACCUGACCUCCAGCAUAGCGCGGGUGUUGCUGCCGCAGCAGGUGGCGGUCGGCGCGGCCACCGACCUCGUGUGCGAGUCCUUCAACAACUCCCUCGCCACCAGCUCGCCGCACCGCGACCCUCCCGGACCCAGGACCAAGAGGAAAGCUGCCAUAGCCGCCGGAAAAUGUAUAGAUUCUAUCGCACAAGACGUCGUCAUCAACUUAGCCGAUGACGAUAAUGAUGACAGAGACUCAGACUUCGAGCCAGAAAACGUAGCCAUCACUAGUAAAGGGAAAAAUAAGUCAAAAAACUCAAGUGCGUCAACAACUUUCGAUGUCGACGAAAGUACUCUAAGUGCUGACGAGUCACAUAUUAGUCCAGCCAAGGAAGUUGUUGAUAAUGUUAAUAAUUUUAAUAGUUUGUUUAAAAAUACACUUAAAGAUAAGCCUGAAGAUAAAAUCACAAGUGCACCUGUACCUACACCUACACUUGAGCCUCGCCGUAUAAAGCCGAAGGAUAGGAAAAUCAAAAUUUAUAAAAAAGCAGAAAAAAAGCUAGAGGAACCUAAGGUCAAUGAACCCGGACCAGUAGCCAAAAACUUGAGAGACGACCCUAGUAUUGUACUGAGUGACGACGACGAACCGAUACCUAGGUUUAACACUACAGAGAAAUCUGCAGAUAUAAAGAAGUCUGUGGAAAAGCCAGUUGAUCCCGUGGUGGAUGACGAAGUAGUUCCUUUACCGAUGUCGUUGCUGAAGAACCAGAACUUUAUCAACAUAGUGGCGCAUACAUACCUGGUGGGUAACCCCAUGCUGGACGAGGACGCGGCCACGCUCGCGGCGCAGUACAGCACGCUGAAGACGCUCAAUGAGGCUCAGCAGACCGGCAAGGACGUGUGCAGCGGACCCAUCUAUGAUAUAGCUGUCAAGGUAAUAGGCAAAGAUGUAUUAAAAAAGAUGCACAGCGUUAACCCGAAAGCGGCGUCUGCGUCAGCCAAAGAUGCGGCCGUCAGCAUAGAGAUGAAGCACCAAAUGAUAGCCACGCAGAGGACCUUCGAGGAAACUGCCAAGACCUCCAAGCUCAGGGAGGAGAUGAUCAAGGAGAAGAUGGCCAUGCACACCGUGCAGUCUUCUUCCUCUACUGUCCACGCCUGCCAAAUCCACUGCCGUCACUACUAACACUCCAGUGGUGCCUGUGGGCCUUAUCAAGUCUUCUUCGUACAUAGCAUCGAGUCCGUCAGUGUCGGCGGAGCGAGAGCAGCACGAGGAGUGCAUCCUGCCCAACGACGAUGAUUUCAUCAUCAGUGAUGCCACGCCCCUCGCCCCGCCCCCGGCUCCGCCUGCC